GUAGCCAUAGUUGGCAACCAGGACAAGAAGCCGCCAACAAACUAGGAAAGAUCAUUAGAUGGCGUCCUACUACGCGACGACUUCCAAGUGGUCGGCGAAAGAGGACAAGGAGUUCGAGCGGGCUUUAGCGACGUUCGGGGAGCACACCCCUAACCGUUGGGAGAAGGUUGCGGCAGCGAUCGGCGGCGGAAAGACGGUGGCGGACGUCCGGCGACACUAUCAGCUUCUCCUCGACGAUAUAGACAGCAUAGAGUCAGGCCUCGUUCCUUUUCCCAACUACCGCACUCACCCAGCUCCGCCUAGCGCUGCCUCCGCCGCCGCCGCCGCCGCUUCUUUUCUAAAUGAUGAUCGCCAGCGUGGACUAGUGCAUCUACAGCUCAGGUGAUUCGUCUACUCGCAAAAACCUGUCGUGUCGAUAUAUGACCUGUCGUGUCGAUAUAUGACCUGUCGUGUCGGAAGCCUACAUAGCAGCCAGCUCAGCAUCAUCAUAAUCUUAUUAAAACUCUCUCUUUCUCUCUUUCUCUCUUUCUAUCUCUACAUGUAUAAUGUAGCUAUCUAUAGUUCAGGCUGGAUGUAAAAUAUAAGGCUGGAUGCUUAAGAAGCUUUAAUGAAUUGAAGAUCAGUUUUAAUUAGUA